CCGCCUUGACGGCUCCUGGCUUUCCCAGAGGUGGUGGUCGGGAGUGGUCAGAAGCCCUUUCCCCCCUCUCCGCGACCCCUCGGCAAAGAUGCGCCCUCAGCAGCUUCUGCCGCGGCUGCUGCUCGUCGUCUCCGCGGCUUGCCUCGGCCUGGUCGGCGGUCUCUUCCUCUUCGGCGAGCCCGACUUCUCCUACAAGCGCUCCAACUGCAAGCCCAUCCCGGCCUCCCUCUUGCUGUGCCGGGGCAUCGAGUACCCGGACAUGAGGCUGCCCAACCUGCUGGGCCACGAGACCCUGCAGGAGGUGCUGGACCAGGCGGGCGCCUGGAUCCCGCUGGUGCAGAAGCGCUGCCACCCGGACACGCGCAAGUUCCUCUGCUCCCUCUUCGCGCCCGUCUGCCUCGCCGACCUGGACGAGACCAUCGAGCCCUGCCACUCGCUCUGCGAGCAGGUGAAGAACAGCUGCGCCCCGGUGAUGUCCGCCUUCGGCUUCCCUUGGCCGGACAUGCUGGACUGCAGCCGCUUCCCCCAGGACAACGACCUGUGCAUCCCCCUGGCCAGCAGCGACCACGUCCCCCCCACUCCCAGGGAAGUGCCAAAAGUUUGUGAUGCCUGCAAAACCAAGAAUGAAGAUGACAAUGAAAUCGUAGAAAAUCUUUGCAAAAAUGACUUUGCUCUGAAGAUAAAAGUGAAGGAGAUCGCCUACAUCAAUGGAGACACCAAGAUCACGCCAGAAACAAAGAGCAAAACCAUCUACAAGCUGAACGGGGUGACGGAAAGGGACCUGAAGAAGACCGUGCUUUGGCUCAGAGGUGGCCUUCAGUGUACCUGCGACGAGAUGAACGAUAUCAACGCACCGUAUUUGGUCAUGGGACAGAGGUUGGCUGGAGAGUUGGUGAUCACCUCUGUCAAACGAUGGCAAAAAGGCCAGCGAGCCUUCAAGAGGUUUUCUCGCAGCAUACGCAAGCUGCAGUGCUAAUUGCUUGGAGUUUCUGUUCAUGUUUAGUUGCCACACCUUAAGUUCUUUCGCAUCUUCCUACCGCAGCCAUAAAUGGCCCGGUAGCAUGGAAGAGCCACUUCUUUUAAGAAGAAAAGAGAUUCCCCCCCUUCUAAUUGUGUACAUAUAAUAAACUAUAAUUACCCAAAUCACGAUUUUUCUUCUGUAAAAUUGUUUCCAAAAUGUAUUGUUUAGAGUUGCGCAAAAUGUAAUUCUUUUAAUUUUAAUUUUAAUCAUAUUCAUACGACAUUCUGUCUGGCUAACCUUUCUGUGUAGGUUAUGCGUCCAUUUGAGCUUUGCAGUCGACUUUUUCGGUUUGGUUUCGUUCCAAGUAAAAACAAAUGUGGGAGCCCCACAGUGCAGGAGAUAACAGUAUCUCAAUUUUUAUGGAAGCGGGAGUUGUUUUGCAACUUGGCAUUGAAAAGACAAACUUUAUUUUAAAGGCUUUGCUCUUACAGAAAUUAUGACUCAAAGACGGGCCAAAUAAAACCAAAGAAUGUCUUGAGAGUUUCUUUCCCCAACUCCUCUGCAGAAUUAUGCAUGCUUAAGGCCUCUAAUGUCUAUGAGUGGAUGUGCAUUAAGCUGCAAUGUCAUGCAUGCUUCUGUGGGAAAGUGCACUGCACUUUAUGGGAUUGGCAUCUGUCAACAUACAUUGCAUUGGAAGCUUGCUAUAGAUUAUAGCCAUUACAAUAUCUCUAUUUACCUUUGAAUAUUGGGCCUAAUUUUAUCUUAUCAGGAAUGUGUCAUCUAGCUUUAUUCAUUACAGAGAAAUUAUCCAUGCACAUGUGCUACUUCAGCAAGAACAACUUCAAUAAGUGUGUAUUAAUCAUUUACGCACAGUAUUUUAUACAAAGCUUAAUACUAUUUUAAAUUGAAGUACUUUGAUGUUUCACAAAUUAAAGGUUUCUGUAGCCUAACUGUAAAGUAAGUAGUGGUUAUUUGGAAAAAAAAGUUGUAAAAUAUUACUUUAACAACCCUUGUAAAUAAUCCAGAUAAACCUUAUAUUCUUGUAUAUAAACUUUACAUCAUAGUUUACACUUUGUUGUGUUUUUGUCUUAGGUUUUGUGAAAGCAUCUCUGAAAUCCAUAAGAUCCAUUUUUAUUGUAUCUUUUUUUAAGUCUUUGUAAUGAAAGACAUAGGAGAAAUUCACUUCCUCUUGGGUUAAUUAGUUAAUUAUUUUUAGUGCAACUCCAAAGUUGAACUUAACCAGGCCUUUUUAACAGUCAUUCACAUAAUAUAUAGUUUAUUGCUAGUUAGGCACCAAUGAAUUUUUGAUGUAUAUUAAACUAUUAUGCUAUAAUUUAAACAAUGAUUGAUGAUUAAUGUGCUUCAAUAAAAUACUGCAUCAUCUAAUAAUCAUGAAGAGACUGGAGAUCCACUUGUGAAAAAUGGUACAAGAUCCCUUCCAAUUCUAUUAUUCUGUAUUCUGUAAUAGCAUAUUUCACCCAAAUAUGAAUGUUAGUUCCUGUAAUACUGGAUCCCGCAUAAAAGAAUAA